UCUUUUUUUGUUGAGACAUAUAACUGUAAGCCUUUCUCUAAUUCCCUGCUCACAUUUUAAAACCUCAACAUGGAGGAUACACAAAACCACCACCACCUCCUCCACCCACCAACCACCGCAGAUUCCGCCGGAAACACACCGGAAUCUCGAGAUGACUUCAACAACUUCAGUUUCCGGCUGCUCCUCAUCGCCUGCGUUGCUCUAGUCUCCGUUUGGGCCACCCAUGAAGCUUCCAAGGGGUUCGCCAUUACCAUCAUCAACGACGCCGUCGCCGGCGGCGGCGACACGUUCGCCGGAAAACGCUUCCACCUCUUCUACGUGUCCAACGACCAAGCCACUCGAUUAAUCCUCGAGAGAAGCCAGUUUGCCGAAAAUACCCUUUACUCACCAAGUGAUGAUCACCCCAAGAAGACCGUCAACCACGUCAUCCUCCGGCUGUCUAGCCGGAACUUAUCACGGCCGGCGACGACCCACUCCGGCGAUCGUGACGGCGAGUUCGUGAUUCAUCUCAGCCCUUCAAUUAUGCACGACCCAAAUUUUAAGCAUGCAAUGUUUUUAGCAGUGCAACGUGGCAUGGCGCGAAUUUGGCUAUGGGACGGUCAAGGUAACGCUCCAAUUACUCUUAUAAACGGAAUUGUUGACUACAUUUCUACUUUAGCCGUCGAUGGUGGAUCCCCGCCGGCGCCGUCGGGUGCGGAGUUGCCGGAAUAUUCCCGGUCCGGGUGUUGGACCGGUAACAGUGACCCGAGAACGGUGGCCGGAUUCUUGAAUUAUUGUGAAGGGAAGAGAGAAGGGUUUGUGAGAAGAUUGAAUCAAGAAAUGAAAAAUAAUUGGCAUGAGAAGAUGGUGGAUGAUGCAUUAGGGGGCAUGCCAGCUAAAACUCUAUGCGAUUCAUAUCAUUCUUCUACACAAUUCUCUACAAGCUCGAUAUAAUUGUCUCUUCUUGUUUACAAUGCAAUUUCAUUUAUUUUUAAAUUUUUAUAAAGGAAAAAAAAUGGUUCAUAAGUUAUAUUUUAGGUAUAGACUUAAUUGAUCUGAUCUGUUAAUUAUUGUCUUGUGUGUCUAUUUUAAUUUGGUCCCUCAAUAAUAAUUCUAGUAUUUUUUUUAUUAA